UUGGGUAUAAAUAGGUUCGACCAAGAGCAGUUGGGCAUCAAACAAUUUCUAGCCUUCCCAAGAAGCAAACAAAGAAAUAUUUAGCCACCAUGUUCAAAUACGCCGUUGUUGUCCUCGCUCUCGUGGCCUGUGCUGCUGCCAAGCCAGGACUUCUGGGUGCUCCUUUGGCCUACACUUCUCCAUUGGCUUACACUGCUCCUCUGGCUUACUCUCAUCCCGCUCCUGCUCCAGUUGUGACUGCCACCAGCAGCCAGGUGAUCGCCAGGAACUUCAAUGGAAUCGCCGCUGCUCCAGUGAUUGCUCCAGUGGCUGCCCCAGUUAUUGCCAAAUAUGCCGCUGCUCCUCUGGCGGCUCCUCUGACCUAUUCCGCCCCCCUGGCUUACAGCUCUCCUUUGGCUUACACAGCUCCUCUCGCUUACAAUAGUCUACCAGCGGCACCUGUGCUGGUUUAAGUACUAUUAAAUAUAUUAAAACAAAAUUGCAGUUCCUUUAAUAUUGACAACGAAUUUAAUUCAAACA